AUGUCUUCGAUCGUCUCAGAAGAGGAUGCUAGUUCUACCAGCGCAUCAGCGGCUGGGCCCGAUGACUCCUUCCGGUAUGGAACGCGCUACCAAGGUGAAGUCAAAGGAACCAAUAGAGCGAGGCGGUCAGCAAGGCCGUCAACCUCGCAAAACCCGCGAAGGCAGAGGAGAUUAGAUGAACAGCCCGAAGAAGGGAAGGUUCCAGGCACCAACAAGCACUACAAGCACUAUGACCUUGGCACGAAAGCAUCUGAAGUGUACAUGGGGUUCCAAGAUGGUGUGAGAAAAGGGUCAAUGCCGCCUCCCGGGAAACGCGUGUACCGAGACAUCGUGUUGGCACCAACUGAAUCUGAUGACACGAGCUGGGCGACAGGCGGCGAUCGAAUAAAGCCAGGCUCUGAAGAGCUUCGGGAACUUCGAAGAAUUUAUGGUACCGGCAACCGCAAUCCGGUUGCAAAAGCCCUCCGCCACAAGCCUUCGAUUGGGCAUCACUCCCUCACCGAGGACAGCGAAUCAGACGAGGCUGUUCCGGUAAGGGCGGCCGCACCACGUCGAGCUCGCCAGCCCAGAGCCAAUCGUAGGGCAAGGUCUACGACACCUACGGAGGAUGAUGCUGACAAGAACGACGACUCGGAUGGUGACGGCGGAGACAACAAAGUAGGCGAACACAAUCGUCUCGACGUUACCACGUAUCCAUUGUCGGAUAUCAGACAAAUCUUUAGCCUCAUUACCGAACAUGCCGUCAAUGAGGGUCUGUUGGAAGCCUCGAAGGUCUUUGGCGAACAAGGCAUCAAGGUGGUCACCAUGUGCUCCGGCACAGAAGCACCCUUCGUCGCGCUCGAUCUUAUCCGAAAGUCGCUGCUCUCUUCCGAGGCACGCGAGAAAUUCAAGUAUCAACAUCUGGGCAGUGCUGAGAUCGAACCUUGGAAGCAAGCCUUCAUCCUCAGAAAUUUCCACCCACCAAUCAUCUUCCGGGAUGUCACGGACUUCGAGAAUCAUGCAGCCGACCCAGACGACGAGGAGCGCUACCCUGUCACAGCCUAUGGGCAACGUAUCGAGCCUCCUCGAGGUGCUCAUAUUCUGGUUGCUGGCUCUUCUUGCGUGGACUACUCUACCCUGAACAAGAUCAAGACUCAGUGGAAGGGAGAAAGAGGCGAAGGCGAGUCGGCCAAAACAAUGAAUGGCAUCGGCGCCUACGCCAAAAUGUACAAACCGACCGUGAUCAUCAUCGAGAAUGUCGCCGGAGCGCCAUGGGACAUGAUCAAGAUCUUCUGGGACGAGAAAGGAUACGAAACUGUCAUUGUGAAUUUGAGUACGGUCGACUACUAUUUGCCACAGACUCGCCAGCGGGGAUACUUGUUCGGCGUGCACAAAGACAUUGCAAACCUGGCAGGAUUCGACAUUCAGCAAGCUCAUAAGGAAUGGAUCCACUUGAUGGCUGGUUUCCAGCGUCGGGCGUCAUCCCCAUACUCAGAUUUCUGUCUCGGCGAAGACGACCCGCGCCUGCAAUCGCUCAAUCACAUGGUCACAGACAAGUGGAAGAGAGGAGGCUCUACUGACUGGGUCCAGUGCCGAAAGCGACACGUACAGGAGCGUGUAGCUCAUAUGCUUGGAAGCGGCACCCCGUUUACCAAACGCCGAGGGCAUUCGCAAGCCCAAGUCGACGACUAUGCAGACCAGGCGUGGGCGCUCAAGCAGAGCAAGAGAGUCCUCGACAUGUUGGAUAUCCGUCACCUUGACGACGUGGCUAGGCGAGACUUCGAUAUGCGGUUCAAGCAUAGAAAUGUCAACGUCUCGCAGAACGUUGACCGGGAUCGAGAUAGUCGCCAAUGGGGCAUCGUUGGUUGUGUUACACCCAGCGGCUGUCUCUUCGAGACUCGCAGAGGUGGCCCUCUCACUGGUCUGGAAAUUCUCGGACUACAGGGAUUCCCCAUUGGAGAUCUUCAGCUUGAGAAGUACACAUCGAAUCAGCUCCAGGACCUCGCUGGAAACGCGAUGUCGACGACCGUCAUUGGCCCAGCGAUUCUCAGCGCUAUCAUCGCAUGCUUCCGCGUGUAUGAGGACGGUGAGGGAGAAAGACAAAUCUUCGAGGUGACAAUGGAUGACUGGCACGACUCGAACGAGGACGAGCCCAUGGAGGAUGCACCCGUGUGGGAAGCAUUCGAUGAACGAGAGCUGGAAACAAAUCCCUAUACCACCGCUCUCAUACCGUUCAGGGAAGAGUUUCCACAUGUCCGCAUUACGGAACAGGGCCCGUACUCCCUGGCAAGCAUCGUGCAACAAGCCCACGAUCUCCAACUGCUAUGCCGCUGCGAAGGCCUGCACCGACGCACUUCCGAAGAAAUUGUUUAUUGCCCAGAUUGCUAUUACACAUGCUGCAAGGGGUGCAGUAGAGACACACACGGCCACAAGGCCUUGAGCAAACUGGAUAUCUCAACAUCUCAGCGCCCAGUCGCCGGUACAUUUGUGAAGUUCUUGAUUGAGGUUCUACCUGCCACGCUGCAGAAUCACAAUGCGAGGACCUCGCGGGGCUCCUUCACCGAAGUAUCUUCUAAAGAAAUCAAAAAACGAAUCUCAGAAGCGCUUCAGAGUCAAGUACAGUUUCAAGGCGUCAAAUUUGAGGGUUCCUGGAAAGCACUAUACGAAUCAGAACAUGCCCUGCUGGAGCUCGAGUUCGUCCCAAACCAUCACAUAUGCGAUCCCUGCCGAAAGCACGAGAGACCGCAUCUCCACCUCGAUGUCGUGCCGGUGUGGUUGCUCUUCGCGAAAGCACCAGCAACGGCGCCCGUGAAGAGCAAGAUGCGAGAGUUGUUCAAACAUCCUAUCGCCAGCAUGACGCCAGAAGGUACACUUUUCAGCGGCAAGUGGAAGCUCUGGGAUGGUCCGACACGGUCUUCAGAGCUACACAUUGUCCGAGCAGGCGUGCAAGUCGCUUCGUGGGAGCGGAGACUCGGACUUGACCAGACGCCCUUCCGAGACCUGAAUUCAUUUUCUGCCAUUGAAGUCAGCCCCUCAACUUCCGUCAACGUCAAAGCAGUUUCGCUAGUUGAAGAAAUUGCAGGAACGUACGAGCUUCUUCCACAUUGCCCUGCACCAAACGGCACGCUGCAUCGGAGAGUAAGUGGAUCCGGACCUGGAAAAGCACCUCCUUUUCUCUUCCUGCGGUCCCAACCUCUGCAGGAUGGCCGUCACGAUCGCAUUGUGUUCUCAAAUCAACCUUUCCGAUCAAAUGCGACUGAUGAUAGAACGGUGCUGGCAGCCCUCGACAAAACAUGGAGACCAGUCGCUACUGCCAAGUUGCAUGAGGGUGAAGAGGUCCUGUGUGAUCCCGUCAGCCUAUGGACGGACUGUCCAGCUCAAGAACUUCAGAUGCCUAGAGACGAGAACACAGUCUGCAAAUGGGUUCUAAGAAAGGAGGCAGAUCCCGUGUCUGCUGCCGCCUGCGUCAAUGCUCUAUCCACAAUUUUGCUUCUUGACUUGACGUGCGACGCCAACGCCAGAGCGGCACUUGCAAAUCGCCGAGAAAUAUGCAUUGUUCUGGAACGCAAACCCGAGGCACUGAGCAAUUUUGGUUGGAUUCUGUCCCACGCAGCAAGCAUCCCGCAUCCCUGGAAUCAUUGGCAAAACAUCAACUUCUCAGAGGCUGUGGAGUGCGCGGUCUGUUCACCUGCACAGCCCUGUAUCCAAUGGCUACUGAAAAAGACUGGCGCCAGCGAGGCCGUCAAGGCUAUUGAGAGUCCACUUGAAGCUGCAAGAUAUGAGAAUGCUUUGAGCAACAGACCCAACCCAGCAGUAGCACUUCUGCGCGAUGUUGACGGCAAAGCAUUACUCGAUGUCAAGAUCAACGUCAAGACACUUGCUCACCGCGCUGUCGCUCCAUUUCUGCUCAACCUCACCCCGCAAUCUGAACUGGAAUCUCUGCAAUGGCGCCUGGAUCAUUACCAUCAGUUCAGUCCUCACCCGAAGUUCACCCUGCCAAAGCUUCUGUCCAACAAGUUUGAUAAGAUCGAUCAGAGCCUGAAAGGGAAAUUAGACCUAGAACGGGACUUGUGGAAGUCGCAGCUACAGGCCCUCGCAUGGAUGAUUGAACAAGAGAACUCUCCCAAGGUAUGGGACGAAAUGUCUCUGACUGAAUCCUGCUUGCCGGCGCUUGGGUGGAGACUGGAGGCCAAAGCACUCUUGCGUAAACACAACAUUCGUGGGGGAGUCAUCGCCGACGAAGUUGGAGCAGGAAAGACGACCACCUCUCUCGCUCUUGUCAAAUACGACUACCAACAACGUCAAUCAGCGACUGCGACACAAGUCACGGUAGACUCUGAGUCAGAAGCCGAAUCAAACAAGGGCAAUGGCAACCCGCACUUCGGAAAGUUAGAGACCAAUGCCACGCUCAUACUGGUGCCCAAGAACAUUCUCAGCCAGUGGGAAGGCGAAGUUGAGAAAUGCCUCAAGUGGCACAAACUUCAACCUACAGAGAAGUGCGCUCUUGAACAGAAAGCUCCUUACUACAUUACGAUCAAGGACGUGCCGGAUUUGCAGAAGUACUCUCACGAGCAGAUCAAAUCAGCCGCGCUUGUUCUUGCCGCUUGGGACCUGCUUGGUCAGAAGGCUUACUGGAACCACCUCCGCAAGAUCGCUUGCUCUGCCUGCACUCCCGAAGAUCCCGGGCGUGCUUUUGAAGAGUGGUUGAAGGAGACUCUGCCUUGUCUUGAGACCUGCGUUGAAGGACUGAAGACGAGUGUCGUCGAUUUUUGGACUACGUGGGACAACGUCAGACAGCGGACGGAAACCGAUCACAAGUACGAGAAGUUCGAAGGUUUCCUGACACGGCAGGCCAAGCGGACCAUGAUGGCCAAAGAGCGUGCUGAUGCGAAGAAGAAGGCUGUCAAGGGCAAAGGCACUGCAGGCAAGAAGGCAUCUCAAGACAAAGACGCUAUGGACAUUGAGAUCACCGAGACUGCUCUGGAGAAAUCUCGGGACGAACUAGACGGAUUCCGCCGAGAUGCACAUCGCCGAGGCCAGCCCCUGCCUCCCCCCGUACUGCUCCAUAUGUUUGCAUUCCGCCGCCUGAUUGUGGACGAAUACACCUACAUUGAAGGCGAAACGUUACUAGCGUUGCUUCACCUUCACGCAGCUAGGAGAUGGAUGCUGUCAGGAACGCCUGCCAUCCAAGCAUUUGACAACCUCAAUACGACGGCAAAGCUGAUUGGCACCCAGAUUGCCACGUACGACGAGGCCGAGGGGAAGUUCGGGUUCGGGAGGGACGCCACGAGGAUGACGCGCGACAAGUCUCACGGGCAGGAGAUUCAGUCAUACCAGAACGUGGCGUCCGCUGCCCUCAAGGAAGCGGUGUACGAACGUGCGAGAGUCUUCUCGCACCAGUACAUCCGCAAGAACGAGCCCUCUCAGGGGCGGGCUGAAGCGUCGACCUGUCUGUCGCGGGUCGCCCUCAGUCCAUCGGAGUGGAUCACCUGCUCCGACGUUCGUUCCUUGGCGAUGGACCCAGAUCGACCCUUCGGCAAGGCCGGGCCGACCAAGGAGGUCGACGACAAGGACAAGGAGGUCCCUGCCAGCAUCGUGCGGCUGAGAGACCUGGUCGAGCGGUCGGCCUCUCCACAAGACGCCCGCAUCUGCUCCAGUUUCAUGCUGGAAGAGAUAUGGCCAGUAGUCCGUGGGGACGCUGGUCAUAGUCUCGACCGACAACUCAUCGGUGUGGAAACGCACCGCAUGAAACAAAUCAUCAUGGAGCAGACAAUGCAUGUCCGCUCCCGAACCAGCAAGCUUCUCCCGCUCCUCCAGGAGCUUUGGCAUAUGCACCGCUUGGUGCGCCAUGGGGACAAAGGAGCUGCCGCCAGCUUCACUGGCCUUAGGGCCAGUGUCAGCAAUGGCAAGCUGGCGGGCAUGCAUGCGGUCGCCGUCGUGGAGAGUCUGCUGGGAUACGCCCGAGGGCAUGAGGUUGUGCCGGCCUCAUUGCUCUCAAAGACCAAGAAGGACCCGGCCGGCGCCGGUCGCGUGAACCUGCCGUGGGAUGCGGCGGAGAUGGGGAACGCGGCCGUCGCCGUCAAGGAGUUCGACUUGCGGAUGGCGCAGGUGGAGAAUCACGUCGAGAUUCUCAUGCGGGGCCUGCGUCGUCUGCGCCUGUUGAAGGCGGUCUUGGGCGCAUUCCAGCGGAGGCUGGGUCCAUGCGGUGGUUGUCGCGCUGCGCUGGCGUGGGAGGCGGCCGUUGUCUCGACGUCGUGCGGCCACGUCGUCUGCUCCGAGUGUGCCUCCUCCGAGGCAUGCUGUGGGGCAUUCGAGGUCGGCGACGUCGUCCCCGUCUCCCGGUUCGCCGUCUCCUACGUCGGCGCAGAGGUCCCCGGCACGGUGACGUGCUCUCGACUCCGUCUCGCGGUGUCCCUCGUCCAAGAGGCCACCGCGGCCACCGACUCGGUGUUGGUGUUUGCCCAACACAAGGGCAUCAAAAACGCCUUCAUCGAGGCGUGUGGCGAGGCAGGCAUCACCUGCCUCGACGGUUUCGAGGCCGGAUCCGCGGCGAGGGCGGUGGAGGCCUUCCGUGCGACCGGGCCUGCCUGCCUUGUUCUCAAGGUGGACAGUGCCGAUGCCGCCGGUUGGAACCUCCAGCGCGCCAACCACGUCGUGUUCUUGUCGGUGCCCGUGCUGGGUUCGGUGGCGGAGGAGGAGGCCACCAGGGAGCAGGCUAUCGGCCGGUGCUGGCGUCCUGGCCAGACGAAGCAGGUCUUCGUCUACCAGGUCGCUGCCAACGAGACCGGUGAGCUUGGCCUGGUGGUCCGUCAAGGAGGCUCAACGGCGUGA